AUGUCUGCAUCGUUUUACCAAGAGUUUACCGAAGUUUCUGCAAUUCGAAAGACCUUCGAUUCAACACAACCAGAGGAAAAAACCUCCAUCCUUGUUCCAAGAACCUUCUCCGUCCAUAACUUACAGCCAACCCUCAUUGGUGACAACGAAAUUCUCUUUCACAAUGCUCAAGAUCCGGCCUUCUAUCAAAUGAAACUCGAAAAUCCUCAAUUCACUGUUUGGAUUCUCUGUAAGGAGGUUAAAUAUCUGUACUCACAAAAAAGAAUUUUUGAAUGUGCUUGGAAAGCAAACAUUCAGGUCAAAUUAAUGGAAAUUGGAAGAUUUGAAUUUGUCGUCCACAAAGGCAGCUCCAAUCUCUUAUAUGAUGGUACUUCCAUUGAUCUUCCACAAGUGGUCAUUCCAAGAUUGGGCGCAAAAAUUAAUUAUUAUGGAUUGGCUGUUCUUCGUUAUCUGGAAGGAAUUCCAUCUCCACUGAGACCUCUCAUCCUUAACACCUCAUCUUCCAUUGAAGUUGCUCGAGAUAAAUUCUUUACCAUGCAACGACUGGUGGCUAAGAACAUUCCAGUUCCAAAAACAUGCAUUGCAAAAUUUCCACUGGAUAUCCAAAAGAUUGAAAACUCCUUUGCUUUCCCUCUCAUUUUCAAGAAAGCAUCAGGAUCUCAAGGAAAUGGUGUCAUGUUGGUUCAAGACAACGCUCAACUGGCCGACAUUGCUGAAUUGGUCGAUCCAAAUACCCAAUUAUUAAUUCAAGAGUUCAUUAAAGACUCCUCUGGAAAGGACAUUCGAGUCAUCGUGAUUGGUGGAAGAGCUAUUGGAGCAAUGAAAAGAAUUGCAAAUAAGGGAUUUAAAUCAAAUUUCCAUCAAGGAGGAAGAGUGGAACCAGUGCAGUUGACACUUGAAUUGGAAUUGUUGGCAGUAGAGAGUGCCAAAGCUUGUUGUUUAGACAUUGCAGGAGUGGACAUUUUGUUUGACGGAGAUUCCCAUAAGAUAUGUGAAGUGAAUUCUUCUCCAGGCUUUGAAGGUUUUGAAUUGGCAACGGGUAUUGAUGUGGCAAAAGAAAUUCUCAUGUAUUGUAAAAACAAUCUUAACUGUUGA